AUGCCAGAACGAAAUGAACAGGUUAAGGAAAGUAAUGGUCCCAUAAACGAUUUAUCCAUUGGAAGUACUAGCGAGGAUGAGAACCCGAAGAUAAAUAAUAGCGAUGGGAUCAACAAGGAAAAGAAGAAAAAAAAAAAAUUAUCGAAUGGGGAUAUCAAUGUAGGAGAAAAAAAAAAAAAGGAGGAAGUCAACGUGAAUAACCACGUAGAGGAUGACAAACAGGAAUCACACAACGGCGACAUUUACGAGGAGGAAGACAAAACCAACAUAACAAAUGAUGAUAAUUAUUCCGAAGAAGAUAAAACUGUAGACAGGACCAGAAGUAAAAGCAGAAGUCUAGAUACAAAUAACGAAGGUGCAGAUGAUAUAGAUAAAUUUAGGAAUUGGAAUAAUAAUGGAUACAAGAAAAAGAAAAGCAUUGACGAAAUAAACGGAAAGGGAGAAAAUGGGGAAGAUCAAAAUCUGAUAAAAAAUAACCAAAAGAUAGAAUGUAGGAGGAGGAAAAGUAGUAGUAAGGAAAUCAAAUGUUACAAAGAUUUAAAAUAUCUGAAGGAUUAUGCUAAUUUAAAAAGUACAAACAACAGAUUUACAAAUUUUAUGCGAUUUUAUGGAUACAGGGGAAUACCCAAUAAUGGAAGUAAAAGUAGAAUGUCCAUAUCGAGCCAGAAUAGCAAUAACAAUAAUGCAAAUUUGAAAAGUCAUGAACACAAUAAAGAUACCUUCAAAGUGAGAUUAAUCUCAACCAUCAUACUCAUAUUUUUAUGCUUGCUCACAGUGGCAGCUGGACACUUUUACUGUUCUGUUCUAGUGCUAGUACUCGUAACCGUUGUGUAUAGAGAAAUCAUAUCUUUGAAGAGCGUAGAAAACAAGGACAAAAAAUUGCCAGAAAUUUUUUACAUAAGAUGGUACUGGUUUGUCUUAACCAUAUUGACAUGGGGUAUACCGUGGAUUAUUCCCAAAUUGAAACAUCAAAUAGGACUCUUUAAGUACAUAUUAAAAUAUCACUCUAUAAUUAUGUUCACAUCAGCAUUUUUUGGAUUAGUAUGGUUUAUACUAUCUCUAAGAAAGUUUUCUUUAAGAUAUCAGUUUUCUCAGAUAGGUAUCAUACUAUUAUCAUCCCUAUUUAUCGUAACACAAUCAUUAAUGCACAUUGCAAAUAUUUACUCGGGGUUAAUUUGGUUUGUAGUGCCCGUAACGUCAGUUGUGGUAAAUGAUAUUUUUGCCUACGUAUUUGGGGUCCUCUUUGGAAGAACAAGAUUGAUCGCAUUAUCCCCAAAGAAGACAGUCGAAGGAUUUAUUGGGUCAUCUGUUAUAACCGUUUUGUAUAGCCUAGGUGCAACGUACGUUUUACAAAACUAUAAAUUCUUUGUUUGUCCUCAAAGUCACAUUUCCCUUAUACCGUUUUAUACGCUGUAUACGACCGACUGUGAAAGUAGUUCCAUUUUCAAGCCAAAAUAUUACACCCUACCAAGUCAGUUAUCCUCCUUACUAUCUAUCAAUAAGAUAUAUUACACCAACAUGGUUUUUCACGGAUUAGUUUUGAGCCUCUUUGCCGCGUUUUUGGCACCCUUUGGUGGCUUCCUUGCAUCAGGUUUUAAGAGAGCACUAAAAAUUAAAGAUUUUGGACAUUCCAUUCCAGGACAUGGUGGUGCUACCGAUAGAUUUGAUUGUCAAAUUUUUAUUGGUAUGUUCACCUACAUCUAUUUGAAAACAUUUGUUAAGAUUAAAGGGGGGAUUAAUUAUUCCUAUGACGUCCUUAUCGACUCAAUACAGAAAUUGGAUCAUAAGGAAGUUCUUCGCCUUUUUAAUCAGCUAAAAAAUAUGAUAGACAAGAAGAGGAGGAAAAACAGCGACAAGAAGAAGGACCAACAAAACAAGCACCAUUCCAAGGAUGACAAGUGCAACGGCAACAACAGGCAGCCUGUGAGCUAG